AUGAGUAUAGAACAGAAGCGUAUAGCGAGGGGUCUUCAUGAUCAUCUUCGUCGUCUCUCUCAGAGAAUACCAGGUGGAAACGGAGAUGGAUUUGAUGAAGAGAUGAAUGAACUUCGAGCGGUAGAUCACCGUGUACAAAGUAAUUUAGAUGAGUUUUACACCUCUUCACUUGCGACUAAUAUGUCCAAAAACCGCUUUACUGAAGUACGAGCUAACGAAACCACCCGGGUACGUCUCCAACCACUUAAAGAGAUGGAUCCUAAUCCGUAUAUUAAUGCUAACUACAUAGAUGGACGAGAAUUAUUCGAUUUACCUUUCACAUAUAUAGCUACACAAGCCCCUCUUCAGAAUACAAUCCUUGAUUUUUGGCAAAUGGUGUAUGAAAAUAAAGUUGUUUUUAUAGUUAUGCUAUGUGCCGAAUUAGAGUCUGGAAAGGUUAAAAGUGAAGUUUAUUGGCCAGAAAAAGGUAAGGAAAUGGAUUUUGGUUUCUUGCAUGUUGUCUCAGUGAGUGAAACUCAUGUAUUUGACUUGGUAUUUCGUACAUUUCUCCUCUGUACACCACAUGGUGAAAAGCGGUAUGUUCAACACAUGCAAUAUAUUGGAUGGCCUGACCAAGGUAUUCCAAAUACCAGUGCUCCAUUAAUGGAAAUUAUUCAAACUAUUGGAAAGUCUGAAGCUAGUAUUCAAACUCCUAUUAUUGUACAUUGUUCUGGAGGUAUUGGUCGUACAGGAGUUUUUAUUGCCCUUCAUAUAGCACUAGCACAAUUUCAACUAGAAAGGAAAGAAAUAGACAUCAAACAUAUCGUUCAUACUCUUAAACUUACUCGUAGUGGAAUGGUUCAACGAAAAGAUCAGUUUCUCUUCCUUUGUUAUGCUGUACUUCGUGAAAUGGACCGAAUGAUAUUAUCUGCGGAAAAAGGGGUUGAUUUGUUAAAAAUGCGUCAUCGAGAGACAGCAUCCAAACGAAACGCUCUAACAGGUCCAGAAAAGCCUUUAAUGGGGUCCUCUUUUCCAAGACCAGAGUUAACAGCACCACUGCAAAACCAACAUCCACAACAGCAAGAAUUACCAGUUUACAUAACGCAUACUGGAACACAGGGAAUACCAUUAGUUCGGGGAAAAGAAUUUUCACAACGUGGGGAUUCUCUUUUCUAUCCACAUCGUCGAACAGAUCUCACAGAGGCAGAAAAGCAUUUGUUAGAAACUUACUUGAGACAACAAAGAACAUCUACACGUCAAGUAGCUUUAAAUCCUCAGAAAUCUGGAGAUAUUAACGAGAAACCUACUCCUGUAAACGCAGAGAGGAUGAAAAAUGAUAAUGACAAUAUGAUUAAAGGGGAAUCUACUAGAGGUGAAAAAAUUACAUUAGAAGAACAACUAAAAGAAUGGCAAAUUAGAAAUAAAAAAAUGCGUUUCUCAACAGAUAUGAGAGAAAAAGAAGUUAUACGAAACGUUGAAGGAGAAACCCGAAACGCUAAAAGCAGCAGAGGCACAGGGAGCCAGGUUCAAAAACCCUCACCCACAGAAAGUCUCGCAACAGAAAGGGGUCGAGUACAAGAAAAGCAGUCGUACUCAUUUUUAACACAUGAUGAAGUUACGAAUUCAGAUCAAAGCAAUCACCCUGUUUCAAUCAUCAUAACCCCACAAGAAGCCACUACAAGAAAUUCUGAUCUUUUGACAUACACAGGUGCUAAUGGCGGCACCCCGGGCAGUCUUUCCCACACCACAGGCAGUGAACGUCACCAGCCGCGAGACCAACAGGAACAAGAACAAGAGCAGAAGCAACACGUUUCGCAGACGUCAUCGCAAACAAGCCUUAGGGGGUCGAUAAAAGAAAUUUCAGGUGCGGAAACGGCAGGGAGAGAAGACAGGUUGCAGGCAGCAGCUGCAGACUUCGAGAACCCAGACCUUUUUAAGCGAACCCCUCCGCCACCUCGGAAUGCCAUCACCGAGGAGGAACUCGAAAAACUUUGA